UCAGGUGGACGAGCAUCGCGAGUCGAGCAGGCUGUCUCCUUAGCGACACUGAAUCCAAAGAGUUCCAGCCAAGACCCCAAAGGGGUUUUUGUGUUUCUGUCAAAGGGAUGCCGUGUUGCAAAGCCAGGAAGAGGGAAGAUGGGGGGAGAUGCUUUUUCGGAAGGCAAAUAGCUUCAUGGGAGCCUUGAAAGCUUCACGCAGCCGCGCAACAUGUCUGAAAGCUCCUCAGGUCUGAACGCAAGCUGGCUUAGAUUGCGCACCAACCAUUCAUCGCCCUUCUCCGAUCUAAGCGAUACAGAAAUCCCUUUGCCAGUGUUAUCGUCAAGGAGCAGAGGGGUUCGCCCGCCCAGCUGUGAUUCCGGCAUUGCCUCUCCACUUCCAUCAGAUUCCUUCAAGUAUCUCACCUGGCAUGAAUUAGAAGAGCAUGAUGUUCAAGGGAACCAAAUCCGCUGCCCCCGAGUGAGAGAAGGACCUUCUGAAGAAGAGCGUUUUUUCAGAGGAGAGCAUCACACUCUGUGUGCCAGAAAAAAACUGACAGGGAAUGAGAAAUGGGAACAAAGGCUGCAAGAGAACUGGGAAAACUGUGUGAGUUUAAAUCUUUCGUACCAAGACUUGGGAGACCUUUACCAGGUAGAAAACUGCAAAAGGAUUCUCCGCCGUCUAAUCCGAGUGGAGAGGCUUUGGCUGGUGGACAACUCCUUGACAGAUCUAAGUGCCAUAUGCUUGCCAAGAUGCAAAGAGCUGAAACUCAGCAGAAAUCAUUUUACAUCCUUCAAGCAGCUGCCAAAACUACCUGCGAUUCAACAUCUGUCCCUUGAUGAGAACAACAUUGAGACCCUACAUGGGCUGUGUGCCCUGAGACACACUCCACUGGAGUCUCUCGUACUCCAGAGGAACCCCUGUGAGUUUCUUGACAACUACAGGCAGCUGUAA